AUGAUCUCUUCAUCAACCAAUCUCAACACAGGAGAAGAAAAGAAGCUAGAAAUAGAGAAGGAGGUGGCGAGUGAGGUUGUAGAUACUAAAUUUAAAUGGGAUGAAUACAAGGGAAAUCAGCCAUGGAAAGAGCAAAUCACAGUGAGAGGAUUGGUUGUGAGCAUGGUGAUUGGAACCAUGUACAGCAUAAUAGCCAUGAAGCUCAAUCUCUCAGCCGGAAUAGUUCCUAACUUCAAUGUCUCUGCUGCUCUCCUUGCUUUCUUGCUUGUCAGAAGCUGGAACAAAGUGAUCCACAAGGCUGGAGGAUUUGCUUCUUAUCUUUUGGGAUUAAACAGGAAGACAUAUGAGUUGACUGGAGUAGGAGCUGAGGGUAACAAUCCAAACACUAUUAGAGAUCCUGGAUUUGGUUGGAUGACUGCCUUCCUUUUUGUUGUUUGCUUUGUUGGCCUCUUUAUCUUGAUUCCACUCAGAAAGAUCAUGAUAGUUGACCUCAAACUGACGUUUCCGAGUGGAUUGGCGACAGCUGUUCUCAUUAAUGGUUUCCAUCAACAGGGGGAAAAAGUGGCCAAGAAGCAAGUUAGUGGGUUCAUGAAGUAUUUUUCUAUCAGUUUCUUGUGGGGUUUUUUCAAGUGGUUUUUUCAAGGGACACAAAGUUGCGGAUUUGCACAGUUUCCUACCUUUGGAUUGCAAGCUUGGAAGAAAACGUUUUAUUUUGAUUUUAACAUGACUUAUGUGGGGGCUGGGAUGAUUUGCCCCCACCUGGUGAAUUUGUCUCUACUACUUGGAGCCGUUCUCUCCUUUGGACUGAUAUGGCCACUCAUCGAUUUUCGCAAGGGACAAUGGUUCCCUAACAAUUUAGAUGAGAGUAACAUGAAGGGCUUGUACGGCUAUAAGGUAUUUUUAACAGUUUCUCUUAUCCUAGGUGAUGGCUUAUACAACUUCGUCAAGAUCUUAGUUUCCUCGUUCCUUAACGUACUUCAAAAAAUUAACAACCGUAAAAAUGGUAAGACAAGUUCCCAUUUUCUUCUUCUCUUUUAUUUUUGA